GAGCGGACAGGACAGGGGCGCAUUGACAGGAGAGGAAGGUGGACUUUAAAAAAGCAGCACACUUGAUCACUUUUGCGUGUUUUUAUCUGCGUGUGCUGAACCUUUAGAGGGAAUUCAAGCGGAUAUUUUUUAUUUAUUUAUAUUUGAACAGGACAUUAUGACUUUCUCUGGCGCGCUGACACAAUUCAGGACUGGCCCUUUGUAUUUUUUUGACCAGCCAACAAAACGAAACAGGAUUAAAGGGACGCGGUGCAACAUUUUGCGUUUUGAUGUGGCAAAUGAAGGAUCGCAGUUAGAAGAUACAACACAAAGUAAUCAGGAGAAUGACGGCGAAGAAGGUAAAAGUGAUGAGCUCCCUCAGCGGCUGUCAGAUGUUAAACCUGAUACUCCAUCUGCUGUCGGCGCUGCACUCACACACCAAAAGGACCAAGAUCCGCUGGAUGCGUACAAGCGAGCAGCCCCUCGGUUAUUAAACGAGCUGGCUUGCCUGCUUUCACGACAUAAGUGGACCGAAAAGGGCUGUAUUCCUCACGGGAUUGUGAAUAUUCUGAAUUACUCCUGGCAUGAUCUGACUGCAGGGGUGGUGGUACCUCGAGGAGAGUCCCAAAGAGGCUCCCAAAAGUUGGAUGAAGCUCGAUCCAGUCAGGUGUCCGCCAACGACAAGAGGGAGGCAGCAGAGAGAGACUCGUGUGAUGCGAGGAAUGUGAGAAAACCACAAGUUAGCUCAAAUCCACGCGUGAAAAAACGCAAACAGAAUGACAACAAAGAUCAAAGCUCCACAGCUGUCAGUUUCUCUAUCUUAUCCAGCAGCCGUAAACAUCCAGGUUGGAUCAUCCAGCCAAAGCAGCCCUCCUGUGAUGAACCUCAGUGGAUCAGUUUGUGUCAGUGGGUGGUGGAGCGACUCCAGUUGGCAAGAAAUCCUGAAAAAUUACAAACAGCUGAUCAGGACAUCAACAAGCCGCUGAUUCUUCGUCACUAUGGUGAUGCAAAGACACGACUGAACUCCAGGAGAGCGAUGAGAAAGGCCCAGUCUGCCUCUCUGGUCAACGGGAUGCCACAGAUACCAGACGUGAAGCAGAAAGGUCCAGCUGGGCAGAAACUACACUACAAGAUCAACGACGGCUCCUCGUUCAUAUAUUACCCGUCUGGUUGUAUGGCAGUAAGCCAGAGCCACUCAGCUCUGCCUUGUGGAGGCUUCUACACCAACGUGUUCAGUGACAGUGAGCGUCCCGUUAUCCUAGCGACCAUCACGGCAUUUGGGCACGGUGCUGUUACUACACACCCUCUGAGCUCUGCCAUUACAGCAGUGUGGGACCAGGACGGUGGAUUCAUAUAUGAUGAUUGUGGGAACAUAACCAAGGAGUGGAGCUGGCAGAAAGGACGCACACCAAGAGAGAAGAUUGUCAUACAGUUGUCAGAUUUAAUCUCCGUGAGGCUGCUCAAUGGUACUUCCUCCGUGCUCAGCUUCAGGUGUAACAACGAGAAUGUUCAACUUCCUCUUUCUGCCCUGUCUAACAUUAACCAAUCGAGGGAAGCGCCUUGUUUGCAGACUUCAGGACGGUUUACCUCUUGUGCUGCUCAAGACCUCCAGUUGACAAGGAAGACAAAAUCCCCUGCUGUGAUCCUAGAGAGCAAGACAACACCUGAGGUCCUCCAGAUGGCCAACGAGGUGGAGGUGCUGGAGGAGCUGUCAGCACAGUGGAGAAGAGGAGGGCAGGUUGGCAGGGAGCUGAAGAGGCUUCAGCAGAGAGUACGAAACACUCUGGAUGACUGGCUGGAUUAUUAUCGUGUAGCCAUCGGGAUCAAGUGUCCUGACAUGGAGAGGAUGCCAGAUGUCCCACUGAGGACCAGGCUGAGGAGAGAGGUACAGUCAGCUGCUCUGCCCUCUCUGAACUCACCUGAGCGGGCUGAUGUUAAACCAGUUCAGCCCAAGGAAGGCAGGAAUGAGCUACAGAAGCUGCACAGACAUCUUUCAGCACCGGCGGAAAGACCUCCGGAGGUCUACGUCAAGCCGCUAAGGACAGCAAAAAACAAAACAAAAGAGGAGCCCUCCAUCACACAGAUAGGACCUCUUCAGAUUCAUGGCAACAUCAGACUCGAAUCAGUGAUUAUUCCAAACAGUCCGGAUUCGCAGCCCUCUGCUGUCACCCGUUGUCCAGCCCCGCUGUCAGUCACCCCCUCCGCCCCCCUCACACAGUGCCCUGCUCUGCUGAGAGCUGCCAUGCUGGGGGAGGGGGGACGCAGGAGAUGCUGCUGCAGCGCUACACUCAUGCCAGUGGUGACGGACCUGGAGUAUGAUGCCUUCGUUAUGGGCCAGCCGCCAUACAGUCAACAGAUCCUGGUGGUGUGCGUGACUCUGCCACGCCAACCCGUCAACACGCAUGCAGCGCCCCAUCAGGACGUGCUGGAGCAGCUUUACAGGAGAAGGAACAAACACAGAACCACACCGUGUACUCAGUGCCAGAUGGAUUCAUUUCGCCUGGUGAGGUACGAGAUGUCAACAGGGAAACCCGGUUGUGAAGUGGAGAACAUCCUGCUGCAGCAGCGCCACAACGCCGCUCCUGGGAUGGUUCUGAUGUACAUCAGAGGGAAGCUGCUGUUUGUAGGCUACAUAUUCAGUGGUCACACUCACUCAGUCAGGGACCUUCAGAAGCAAAUCUCCAAAACCAGGGGAGACUACAGAUUAGGUCGGAGCCUCCCCUCAGACUACAAGUACAGUGAUACAGUAAAUACCCCCGCAGACACAGAUGACCACAUCUCACAAGAUGCAACCCUAAAAAGAGGAGAUGACAUCACACUGACUUGUUCAGCAGAAAAGGAAAAGGUCAUUGAGAAAAAAAACAGUCAAGUUCCUGAGGCAUCACACAGGCGACAGAGAGGCUUUAUUGUCAGACCAAAAAAAACGUCAGCACUUCCUCUUGUUCCUGUUAUCACGCACUGAAAAUACUCCAUGGCUGUAUCAAUCCACUUGUAGUCUCCAAACUGCAUCCACUUUAGUUGUUUUCUGAAUAAUGGACAUUUUAUCUUAUAUGAACAUCCAACAUCUGCAUUUGUUAUGUUUUUAGUAAGUGUGAGGAUCUUUAAU